CUGCAGCUGUGAAACGGUGAAAGAUGAUGGCGUCUGUUGAAGAACUGCUUCUGAAGUCGCUGGAGGAAUUGGUCAAAGAAGAUCUGAAGACGUUUCAGUGGCACUUAAAGAAACAUGAGUGUAUAUCAGUGUCUGAAAUGGAGGAUGCAGGUCGAUUAAAAACAGUGGAUAAGCUGGUGGCAUGUUUUGGACCAGAAGAAGCUGUGAAGAUCACGGCCGGCAUCCUGAGGAAGAUGGACCAGAACAAUCUGGCUGAGCAGCUGGAUAACAAACACAUGCAUGCUCAGGCUGAAGGCAAUAUGAAGACAUCUUAUUCUGCUGGAGCUCAUUCAAAAGCGAUACAGGAUAAACACAAAUGUUCAGAGACAGCAGAGAAUAACAAAGAAAAACAAGGCUCUGCUGAGGACAGUAAAGCUACUCAUAAGGAUUACACAAAGAUCUUGAAGGACAAGUUAAAACAGCACUGUGAACGGAUAUUGGUUGGUAAUUCACAGACGGGUGAAAAUAAAUACCUGGACGAUAUUUACACUGAUUUAUAUGUGGUGGAGAAUCAGACUGGAGGGAGAACGAAUGAACACGAGGUGAGACAUAUCGAAUCAAAUCACAACCGACUGACUGCAAAGGACACGCCGAUCCAGUGUAAUGACAUGUUCAAAGACCAUAUGGGUCGACAAAACAGAAAAGUGCUGACAGUGGGGAUUGCAGGAGUGGGAAAAACUGUCUCUGUCAAUAAAUUCAUCCUUGACUGGGCUAAAGGAAAAGAAAAUCAAGAUAUAGUCUUCAUUUUUCCACUCCCAUUUCGUGAACUGAAUUUGAUUAAAGAGGAGUACAGUUUCAUGGGAUUGCUUCACAGAUGCUGCUUUAGUGGCCUUAAAGAGCUGACAUCUCUUCCUGAAGAUGGCAAUAAGGUCAUGUUCAUCUUAGAUGGGCUGGAUGAAUGUCGCUUCCCUUUGAGCUUUAAAGAGGGUGACAGCUUUACAGAUGUUAACAAGAAAACAACAGUGAGUAAGAUAGUUACAACCCUAAUCAAGAAUCAUCUGGUUCCCUCUGCUCUCAUCUGGAUCACAUCCAGACCAGCAGCAGCCAGCCUGAUACCCCGAGAAUACAUUGAUCAGCUGACAGAGGUACGAGGAUUCAGUGAUGAGCAGAAAGAGAAGUACUUCAUCAAAAACAGCAGUCCUGGGGUUGCUGAAAACAUCAUCCGUCACAUCAAAAAAUUCAGAAGUCUGUACAUCAUGUGUCACAUCCCGGUGUUCUGCUGGAUCUCUCUCACUGUUCUUCAGCCUCUGCUGGUUCGAGAGAGCAAUGACCAAACACCCACAACCCUCACAGGGAUGUACACAAACUUUUUACUUUCUCAGAAGCAACAGAUGAAAACAAAAUAUUGCAAGGAUCCUAAAACUAAACGUAGAGUCAUGUCUUUUGAUGAGAUUAUUCUGAAGCUUGGGAAACUGGCCUUUAAACAACUACAGAAAGGAAAUCUGAUUUUCUACAAAGAAGAUCUUGAGGAGUGUGGACUAGAUGUCAAUGAAGGGUCUGUGUACUCUGGGUUAUGCACCCGGAUGUUUCAGGAGGAAAAAUCUAUGUCAGAGAGAAACGUUUACAGCUUCGUACAUCUCAGCAUCCAGGAAUUACUUGCUGCUCUGUAUGUGUUUUUUAUUAACAAAAACAAGAAAGCAAACCCAUUUCUUAAAUCCUGGAAAAAACUGACAUGUAUCCUGUCCAAAAAGCCACUGUUUGAACUUCAUAAAGCUGCAGUCAAGAAGGCUUUACAAAGUGAUAAUGGACACCUGGACCUCUUCCUCCGAUUCCUCCUGGGUCUUUCACUGGAGUCCAAUCAGAGAGACCUGAAGGAACUACUACCAGGACUGGAGCUCAAAACAGAGGACAUCAAAGACACUGCUGACUAUAUCAAAGAGAAAAUAGAGAUGGAGGAAUCAACAGAGAGGACCAUCAAUCUGUUCCACUGUCUGAAUGAACUGAAAGAUGACUUUGUGGAGGAAAUCCAGAAGAAUCUGGGCUCUGGAAAACUUUCAGAGCAGAAUCUCUCCUCUGCUCAGUGGUCAGCUAUGGUGUUUGUGCUCCUCAUAUCAGAAGAGACUCAAGAGAAAUUUGAACUGAACAAAUACAGAAGACCUGAUGAAGCACUGAUUAGACUGCUGCCAGUCAUCAAAAACACCAGAAGAGCACUGCUACAGUGCUGUAAUCUCACUGCUCAGUCUUGUGAGAGUUUGUCAUCAGCUCUACAGUCAUCAAACUUAUUUCUGAGAGAGCUGGACCUGAGUAACAAUGACCUGCAGGAUUCUGGAGUGAAGCUGCUUUCUGAUGGACUGAAGAGCCCAAACUGUCAGCUGGAGAUUCUGAGGUUGUCUGGCUGUAUGGUGACAGAGGAGGGAUGUUGUUAUGUCUCUUCAGCUCUGACUUCAAACCCCUCAUGCUUGAGAGAGAUGGAUCUAAGCUAUAAUCACCCUGGAGAUUCAGGAGUCAAGCUGAUCUCUGAAAAACUGGAGGAUCCAAACUGCUUACUGGAUAAAUUAAAGUAUGUCGAGCAGGAAGAGGUUUUAGGUUUUAUUGUUUAAACUUUUCAGUGUCUCUGGGUAUGUCUAUAUGAGUCUAGGAGUUUUUAGAGGAUGCAACAAUAUUUAGAAU